CAUUUUGUACUCUGGGAAAACUUAAUGUAUUAAAAAUCUGUGGCUGCAGUCAAAAAACUUUUCGCCAUAUGAAUAAGUUGCCGGUCGCAAUAGCAGACCUUGUGUGGGUCUCUCAAUAAAAAUGCUUCUUUUAUUCAAAUUAAGUAGACUUAAAAUAAAACAAUAAUAAAUGCUAAAAGUCUUUUCUUGUUAAUCUUAUGCAUGUUGCUCCUAUAAUUUUUAUAACUUAAUAUAAGUCCUUUAAUCGCUUCUUCUGCUUAUUAGCAUGCAUGAGUGUGUGCGUGUGUCACCGCCUCUGCAUGUCUUCCUGCCCGCGGUCUGACCGCACGUCACCCAGGGGACGUGUCCCGGUUCAUGGUUUUAUGAGCUCCGUCACCCCAGGGGAGCGCGGCUGUCUUAGGCUCCUGGGUGAGUGUCUGGGUUGGUACCGGAGAGGCAAUAUCAGGUGACAAAAAGAGGCGUUAUUUACAAGUGUGGGAGGCAGAUGGUAGGUCAACUACAACCCCUCUGGUUAGCGAGUGAGCUACAUGCUAAACUGCGUCGCUUGGCAAUUGUUUGAGGUCGCAUGGAGCUGAGAUGGAAAGCCCUGAUGCGCUCGCUGGGGAGCCUCGUGGGGAACGGCGAGAGAGAGACAGGGAGAAAAUUAAGUUUGAGAUGAACAGGCAAGACACCCUGCAGCAGCUUCCCCUUGGUGCCGGUACUUCUCUUCAUACCCGAUUUAUUUUCAGUAUUUUCAAUUUCAAUUUGAGUGAUAAAUACGUGAUUGGCAAGUGGCCUCAAAUGUAUGAUCUCCACUUAGAGGCGGCAAUAUCCAAAAGCCUUAUUGAUGUUUUUCAAGUACUCUUGUCAUUAAGUAUCAUUUUAAAAAAAUGUCAUUUAUUCUUAAAUUUAAUUUUAAAUUAGUAAUUGAAUAACAGUUCUUUCAUUCAAAUGUAAAUAUUUUUAAAUGUGGUUACCUUAGUGACAGGGAAAAGGAUAUUUUUACAUUUUAGAUAACAAUAAAGCCAUAAACGUUCACUGGUUUUGGAUAUUACAAUUAUCAGUAUUAUCACUUCAUAUCUCUUUUGAAGAUUCGCUAUGAAUUAAACAGGCCACAUUUUAAUGAGGACUCACAAAGAUGAACUACGGCUGUGCUUAGCGUUUAGCCCGCGGCGUUUGCUGCGCGAGCUUUCCGGUGAAGGACUUCCCCGAACACCCGAGACGGGCAGACCUGACACCUUUUAUCUCCCCCCCCCGGGGAAAAGUGUGACGGUGGUAAGGAUGGGGUGACACGUGAUCGUUUUAAGACACAUAAUCAUAAAUAAACCCCCCCCCCCCCCCCUUUCAUGAGAGAGUCCCAGAGAUUCCCGGCAGUAUUAAGUCUCCCUGUUAUUUCGAGCUGUGUCUAAAACGUGCUUAUAAAUCCUUCUCAGUCUCCUCUGUUUAAGUUGUAGUGGGUCCCAAUCAGGCUGAAGCGUCGCGGUUUCUCACCUUGUAAUGAAUCCUAUGCAGCCUGAGCGUUUAUAGCAACAUUCAGGUGUCGGCUAAUGGAAUAGUUGGGAAACCACAGCCAAAAGAACACAGUUUUUAAAAAAUGUAUUUCCCCGCAAUGGCACAAUAAAUUAUAAACUAUGCGAAUAUCACAAGUUAUGCCCUGCAGCUGGUUCAUAGUCCCAGUGAGGCAACAGUCUCGCCUGCUCCACUUAAUGGUAUAUUCAGUAAUACCUGACCUGAGGUGGAAAUUGGUGCCUUUUUUAGCGAUUAGCAUCUGUUUAUGCUCAGAGGAAAAGCUGGCCUGCUCAUUCCCGACUCGACUGAGUCGAUGGCGAGCAAAUGUGUUCUGAAAGUGUCGCACUUGGGCGGCUCCCAGCGGAUCGGGGUUUUGGAAUGGUACUCCGCAAAGCCGUCAUUGGCCAGCGCUAUCCUCAGGGGUGGAGAGACGUGUGCUCUCUGAGUUUUUAAUGGAUGGCCACUCCUUGCUUUGAAAACCUGCUCAACUCAGAUAUAUAGCAUAUCCUCUUAAUUUAAGAACAGCUAGAUAAUUAGAGUUCUUUUUUUUUUAACUUAAACUUUUAUAAUUUAAAUGGGCUGCAUGGUGAGUCAAUGGGUAAUACUGUUGCCUCACACUUCCAGGGUUGCGGGUUCGAGCGUGUUGAGGUGCAACUGGGAAUGGUACCGUAUUAAAAUCCAAAUCAACGUGAAGACAAAUUUUAGACAAGUAGUUAGUUUGCAUAGUAGUACUGUAUUUGCCAUUACUCACUCUGUGACAGGUGAACAGUUAAUGUUCAGACGUUUAAUAUAUUUCUCUGGAAGAGAAUGCCUCCUAAGGCAUCUUAAAAUGUAUGUGUGAAUACUUAUGGAACAGAUCAAAACGUUUGAGUCAGGCUGGGCAUGGAAUGAUUGAAUAGCUUUGUUGUGUUUGAGAUGCUUUGUUGUGUUUGAGAUGCUUUGAUUUAUGUGAAAGAAAGCAGAAUAUUUUUGUUGGAGCCAAGUCAUUAAGCUACACGUCAGAAACGUGUUGUUGAAGUCAACGUAAGGAGCGUUUGAUUUGUCUGAUUGGUUAGUGCCGUUCUGUUUUGAUCUCAUCGAGGCUGUUUCCUUUAGAUGUUUUAGUUGUUUUGGUUGUUUCCAUAAUUUUUAAGCUGGGGUAUUUCUUGGUAGCUUGAAUUAGCCUGAAAAUGCCGAACAGUGUUUGACUUGCUAGGUCAAGGGUCAGUCCCAGUGUCUAGAAGGUUGUAGGUUCAAGUCCCCUGAGUGUUAGAGUAAUUAUCACCCUUGUGCAAGGCUCUUAAUUCCAGGUGCUCCAGGAGUGCUUGAUAAGCUCUAUCCACAAGCUUCUCUUGUAUGUUGCUUUGUGCAAAGGUGUCUGCUAAAUGAAUAUAAUUGGAGAAAGUGAUUCUUUCCCACUGAGCUGUCUUGAAGUUACUGUGCCAGAGUGGGAAUGAAAGUCUUUUGAAAAGGGAUAAAUACUCCUCCUACGCAGUCUGUGAUUUGGAAGUCGCUGAGAGGGCUCUGGUUGGUUAUUUUACAGAUGCCAGCAAGCAUUGUUUAGUUAUUUAUUUUUUACUGUAACAAAAUGUAAAAAUUUAAAGCGCCUGAUUUUUGGCUUUUCCCGUGGAUUGGCCAGCGGGGGAUGUGUCAGAUGACAGCUUCCAGCUUUUGAAGAUGCCGCCCCGCCUGUCUCUCGUUAUUUUCCUUCUGUUCUCCAUAUCCUUAUACGGAAGUGAUUAGCGUGUUUGUGGUGGAUGUAUCUGGAAGCCAGAGUAACGUGGAGUUUGGUCACCGGGUGCAUUAAGAGCUCUUUGGCGCGAUGCAGGCUCCUGCUGACGCCCAGGCAUGCCUUCAGUGAUAAUGGAUACAUGUAGAAGCCAUACGGAACAGCCGUUUAAUUUCCAUUUAACAUCCAAACCACAAGAUGGCAGCUGUCCAGCUGUAUUCUGUGCCUUAAUCCUUUUUAUCCCUCUGUACUUCGGUGAUUAUGGUGAGCGUGUCCGAACAACAUGUUGGUGGCGUUCUGUGUGCCAAUGUAUUCUCUCACUCCCUCUCUCUCCCACUCUUUCUUUUCCUUUCCCUCUCUCUCUGUUUUUACUCUUCUCUUGCUUUCUUUUCCCUCUCCUUUUCCCUCAUUCUUCUUCUCCCUCUCUCUUUCCCCUUUUCCUCUUUCCCUCUCUAUUCUUCUAAUUCUAAUCUCUCCCUCGUUUUCCUCUUCCCCUCUCUUCCCCCUUUUCUACUUCACGCCCUCUUUCCCCCUCCCCAUUUCCCUUUCUCUCCUCUCUCUUCUUCCAUGUCCCUUUCUUCUCCCCUUUUUCCUCACUCUCUCCCCCUUUUCCUUUCUCUCCGCUCCCUCUCUUUAUUCCUUCCCUUUGUUUCCCCUUCUUUUUUCCUCACUCUCUCCCCCUUUCCCUUUCUCUCCGCUCCCUCUCUUUAUUCCUUCCCUUUGUUUCCCCUUCUUUUUUCCUCACUCUCUCCCCCUUUCCCUUUCUCUCCGCUCCCUCUCUUUUUUCCUUCCCUUUGUUUCCCCUUCUUUUUUCCUCACUCUCUCCCCCUUUUCCUCUCCUCUCCUCCCUCCCUCUCACUCCCCCUUCCUCCUCUCACCCCUUUCCCCCCCCUCCCCCACGCUCUCAGAGUGUAGAGGAUGGGCUGUGUACAAUGCAAAGAUAAGGAAGCAGCCAAAUUGACGGACGAGCGCGACACGAGCGUAACUCAGAACUCCGGCUUCCGCUAUGGCGCUGACCCCACGCCGCAGCACUACCCCAGCUUCGGGGUCACCGCCAUCCCCAAUUUCAACAACUUCCACGCCCCCGGCAGCCAGGGAAUAACGGUCUUCGGUGGGGUCAACUCUUCCUCCCAGUCGGGGACCCUGCGCUCUCGCGGUGGGACAGGGGUAACCCUCUUUGUGGCACUUUAUGAUUACGAGGCCAGGACAGAAGAUGACCUCAGCUUCAGGAAGGGCGAGAAGUUCCAAAUUCUCAACAGCACUGAAGGGGAUUGGUGGGAAGCCCGUUCGCUCACCACGUGCGGAACAGGCUACAUCCCCAGCAACUAUGUCGCCCCAGUGGAUUCCAUCCAGGCCGAGGACUGGUACUUUGGCAAAUUGGGCCGAAAGGAUGCAGAGAGACAGUUGCUGUCCAGCGGUAACCCUCGGGGCACCUUCCUCAUCCGGGAGAGCGAAACCACCAAAGGGGCCUUUUCCUUGUCUAUACGAGAUUGGGAUGACAUCAAAGGCGACCACGUGAAGCAUUACAAAGUCCGGAAGUUAGACAGCGGUGGAUAUUAUAUUACCACCCGAGCGCAGUUUGAGACUCUCCAGCAGCUUGUUCGGCAUUACUCCGAACGUGCGGCUGGCCUUUGCUGCCGUCUGGUGGUCCCCUGCCACAAAUGGAUGCCCCGGCUCGCUGACCUGUCCGUCAAAACCAAAGACGUGUGGGAGAUCCCACGGGAGUCGCUCCAGCUGAUCAAGCGCCUUGGCAACGGCCAGUUCGGGGAGGUCUGGAUGGGGACAUGGAACGGCACCACCAAAGUGGCCGUGAAGACCCUGAAGCCUGGCACCAUGUCCCCCGAGUCCUUCCUGGAGGAGGCCCAGAUCAUGAAGAAGCUCCGUCAUGACAAGCUGGUGCAGCUGUACGCCGUGGUGUCCGAGGAGCCCAUCUACAUAGUGACCGAGUACAUGAGCAAAGGAAGCCUGCUUGACUUCCUGAAGGACGGGGAGGGACGAGGCCUGAAGCUACCGAACUUGGUCGACAUGGCGGCACAGGUGGCUUCAGGCAUGGCCUACAUUGAGAGGAUGAACUAUAUCCAUAGAGACCUGCGGUCAGCCAACAUCCUCGUGGGGGACAACCUGGUGUGCAAGAUUGCAGACUUUGGACUGGCCAGGCUAAUUGAGGACAAUGAGUACACGGCUCGCCAGGGUGCCAAAUUCCCCAUCAAGUGGACGGCCCCAGAGGCUGCUCUCUAUGGAAAGUUUACCAUCAAGUCUGACGUGUGGUCAUUCGGCAUAUUGCUCACAGAACUGGUGACUAAGGGACGGGUGCCUUAUCCAGGCAUGAAUAAUCGAGAGGUCCUGGAACAGGUGGAGCGGGGUUAUAGAAUGCCAUGUCCUCAGGACUGCCCCAUCUCCUUGCACGAGCUCAUGGUUCAGUGCUGGAAGAAGGACCCCGAGGAGCGGCCCACCUUCGAAUACCUGCAGGCCUUCUUAGAAGACUACUUUACCGCCACCGAACCUCAGUACCAGCCCGGGGACAACCUUUAGGUCUGACCAGCAGAGGGAGCUGCUGAACCUCCUAGUGCCAUGACAAGACUGCCUUGCAGGGAAUAUUUCCAGGGCACCGCGGUGCCCAAUGGAUAUAUUCAGCUUCCUGGUUUCCCCAAACCCUUUGACAUGCACCCUUAGCACCUGACACGUUCAAAUGGGAAGAGAGUCCAUGUAUUUAAAGGGCGAGGUUUCGAAUUUUGAUCAUGUUGGCUCCUUGUAAAAGUAAAAGGUGGGAAAAGGUAGCGGGUUCAAACCGUGAUGACAUAAUAACAACAUGCCUGUAUUUACUGUAAAUAUCAUUUGCUUGUUUACUUAUCCGCUGGUUUGUGUUUUUAAUUUUGCCUGUUGGUUUCUUUUUUUAAUACUGUGUUUUGUCCAGGACAAUAAUACUGAAUACAGUAAUGUUGAUAGUAAAUAUUAAACAUGCACUGCAAUAUUCUGGAAACCUGCCUCAGUGUUAAUAAACCUGUACAAGGAUCUUCA